UGAACCGAUUCUCAUCUUGAUGCUGCCACGGCUUCUCUUCUCAUCAACAACGACUCGCUCGAUCGCUUUGUCGAUUCAUAACAAGCGCUCGACCCUGAAUAAACUUCAAUCUAACAUGUCCGGGAAACCGGACAUGCCAUCGUGACCAUGGUUGCCUCGGGCCUCUGCCGCGUGGCGGCGACUGCACGCGUACGGCGACCAGCAUCAUGGGUCACCUUCAAGUCGGCCGUUAUCGUCCACCAUCCUCUUCGCCAUCACCUGGCCCAUCGCAUCCGCAUUCACCCUCACCACCGCGAGUUUCUCCGCCCAACAACGGCUUCUUCUGCUCCACAACUGGCCGUGACGGAACAACCAGACCGUCUGGCCCUUGAAGCUCCGCCCUGCUUGCCAUCCCGAUCACUUAAGGCAAAAAAGUGGCGAAAAAUCCGAGAUGCUACAAGUAAGGCUCUGGAGUGCCUCACUGAUAUAAACAAAACUCAACAAGAUAUUCAAGAGGCUCUCCAAGUCCUGGUCCGUACGUACAAUUCAGUAUCUGGGUUCUACACAGACAUCAAGGUCCAUACAACCGCGUACAGAGACUUUGCAGCUUGUCGUACCGCCGUGGACAUCGCCGGAUCUGCGGUAGAGGCCCGGGAAGCCCUGUGGGAAGCCGAUGUCAAUUUAAAGGAGGCGCAAAAGGAGCUAGACCUUGCCUUGGCUCCAGGAGCGGAUGCCCAGGAUGUAGAACUCAAAGCCGAGCAGGUCAGAACCUGCGAAGCUGCGCGUACGGCGCGUGAAAAAGAAUUCAGAGAGGCCAACGAGGCAGUCCUAGAGUCAUCGGGGAUUUUCCUCAACACACCACAUCCACAGACGCGCAAACAAGCGGAGAUUAAGAGGGAGGACUAUGAGUGGAUGCUUCGUGCCGUUGAGGAGAUACUAAAGUAUCGUGAUUGGUUAUAUAUGAAAGCUAAGCAACUCCGCGCCGCCUCCAUUGCUGCAGACAAACUCAACCGUUCCUGUGAAGCAGGGAAAGAAACGGCAGCGACGCCAAUCGAGCAAUCGGCAAACGAGCAGAUAGAGCAACCGGCCGAGGCAGAGCAACACAAUGACAUGGAAAACGUCAGAGAGCGACCUACACCAAUCGAAGAGUAUGAAGACGAGCCCGAGCGAGUCAAAAACCUCGAAUCAUCCAAGCUCUACCAGCGCCCGACGAUCAGACUCAACGAGACGACCACCGAAACCAAGUCCAUCCAGCUCAAGGAUUCUCUGGUCGACCACUACCCCCCUAUCGCCUUUCCGUUCAAAGUAACAACAACCGUCAUGGAGACGCUCCAUAAGCUUUUCGAGGAGUGCUGCUACCAAUUUGCCCUCGCACACAUCCCCCAUCACCUGGCCGAGCGAAAUUGGGACUGCCCCGAAGCCGUCGAGUUAAGCACGUGGCACUGGACCUUCAGCGAGCUGCUCCGGAGCAAUCCCCGCUAUGUCUUCGCGUUCGACACCGACUACGCGUUCGAAAAGGCCGUGCCCGCGAGGCGCCGCGUCACCUACGUGUACAAUCACCUUCUCGCCCUCAAGGUUAUUCGUAACCAAACAGUCCAUCCUAGGCCCCUUAACCCCAUGGUGCUGCCGAAAAUACUCCGCCGCGCGGGCGAGCUCGCGCGCCUGUUCCGCGACCGCCGCCUCCAGCAGGACAUCCAGCAGCUCUCCUCCGAGAUCACUCGCGUUUUGGCGGCCCUGCAGACCCGCCGGGCCGAAAGCCUCAAGGCAGGCCGCACGCAUGAACUCUACCACCAGAUCGUGGCUGACAAGGCCGCCGUGCAACGUAUCCGGAAUCGACUGCCCAGCCCACAAGUCUCGGCCUCCCAGGAGCGCUGGGCCGCGUGCGCCAUGUUCGAAAAGGACAUAGAACGCCUGAUGGAGGCGUUACCGGUCGCUAUCCAGGCAGAUGAGGAGGCCAGGCUCCAGGCAGAACUCCCGCCGCUCGUCGAGAUGGCAGAGAAAAUGGCCGCGCAGGUGGAAAAGAGGAACGCGGAAAUGCAGCUAAGGCUGGAGGCCGUGCGCAAGUCGAGAUCGGACAUGGUGCUGGGAACGAUGCAAUUUGUGUUGGACAAGCAUGUGCGUAGGAUGAGGAACGGGUGGUUUCCGUAUUUUAAGCCGUUGGGCCGGGAGAGGGAGCUUGGUGUCGUGGGUUCGCCUCUUCCGUCGGCUGAGCAGGGGGGCCCGCAGGAGAAGCUUGAACCGCAUGAGCGUCAUGGGCACCAGGAGCAUCCGGAGCCACAGGAGCAACAGGACGAAAAAGCCGGUCUGGGACUAUCCUGUCUGGAAAAAACGUCCCACGCGCGCAGAGCGAUGAUCAGGAACGCCUUGGCUCGGGAUUUACAACGGGAGGAGCGCGAAUGCGAACGCGAGCAGGCCAACGCUGAUGUUGAUGCACACGCCGACGCCACGGGCAUGCCUACAGAGGAGGAACGAUUUAGGCCAGGAUGUGUACCCUCUAUACCAGAAGAAGAAAUGUGGAAUGCUGCUCGAAAAGCAAGUGAAGAGGAGAACCCUUUCUGGGUGCAGCCUUCCUUCGGUGCCAGCCAAUACUUGACGGAGCAGCAACGGUACGAGCCUCGACAGAGAAGGCAACGGCAACGGCAACAGGAGGAGAACCUCGAGGCUGCCAAGUGGAAUGACGAGGCUGCAGACAAGUUCGAAAGCGGCGACAUGGCCCCAGACGGCUACCGCGCCACUACCAGCGCGUUCUUCGAAAUGCUGGAGAGAAGGGAAAAGCCACCUGUGGAAGAUUUCAAAAAGAGGGCUAUGAAGGAGAUGGCAGCUGCGGCGGCGAAGGCGACGAAGGCGGAGCAGGAAGGGGAAAAUGAGGAGCAAGUCGAAGCCGGAGAAGACCGCCGCACGUUCAUGAAAUUCUUGAAUGAAUACAAGGCUCUGUCCGAGGAAAAUUUCAUGAAGAAGGGCAUGUCGCGGCGAGCUGCGGGCCUUGCGUACAUGAAGCAGAGUAGGGCACUAGAGAGGGAGUACAUAUGGCAGAGAAGGACACUCGAGAAGCAGAUGAAAAUAUUACAGGAGGAGAUAUUCAUGAUAGGGAAGGAGAUGAAACUGUUGAACAUGGAAAAGAGAAGGCUAGAGGUAAAGAGGGAGAGGGAGAAAGCGAAGGGGGAGAUGGCAAAGGCGGAAAAGAAACAGGGAAGAGACGAUGAGGACAAAAACAAAAACGAACUCGAACCCGCCGCUGUCGACGAUGUCGACGAUAAAGCUGCUAUCAACGAUGGCAUAAAGGCACUAGCGGAGUUGGCUAUAAAGAGGAAAAAACUCAUGUUAAAGAUUGAAAGCCUCAAAGAGAGAAAGCGAACAAUAAGAGGGGUCAGCAAAAAGUUCAAAGAACUCGACUCGGCCCGGCCCAUCGUCUGGAUCAAGAUCGACCACACAGAAAAGGCCGCCACCGAUGGCCCGUCCAGUCACUUGGUAGCAAAGGAGGCUGAUUUCGAUAGCCCUAUUGAAACGGGUCCGGAAGCCGCUCGGGAUGGAGGUGACCUCCCCGCAGUCGGCAGCGAGGUUACGGAUGUCGAUGUUAAUGUUGAUACCAAUACCGGCACGGAGCUGACCGAGACCGAGGCCGGGAGGACUAGUAUUGAGGAGGGGGUAGUUGACGCUGAUGUCGAGGGUGCCUCGUUUGAGUUGUCUCCCGAGGAGGCGGCGAUGAAGGCGUUUCUUGAUGGACGGCAGACUCAGACUCAGACUCGGACUCAGGCUGAGGCUGAGGCUGCGCAGGAGGUUGCUGAGGAGGUUGCACCCAAGGAUACUGGUCUCGAGGCUUCUGUUGAGGCUAUCCCUGCCGGAGAGGUUGCUGUUGAGAAGGUUGCAACUCUCGAGAUCUCUGUCGUCGAACCUUUUAACCCUGAGACCACCGCCCUCCAGGAGGUUACUGCUGAAGAGACGGCCCUGACAACAACAUCUGUCAACGAGGAGACCCCACCACUCUUCCUUCCGACGCCGAGACCCCCGCGGGGGGAGGUCCUUGACGAAUCUAGCUCUCUACGUCUCCCGAAGAGGUCUCUAAGGACUCUACCUCUCUACCUCUGCCGAAGAACGUCUCGGCCCUAACCAGUCGUGGAUGUGAAGGAGGAGGUGAAGGAGAGGGUGAAAGAGGAGCAAAAGUGAUGUUAUAGCUAACUAUUUGGGCAAUGGGUGUGAUAAUGUGUAGGAUAGUGUUGUCCCGUUUUGUUUUCUUCGAGUUUUUGUCAUGUUCCUGUUUGGUAGCUUUUUGCAAUUUGUUUGCGAUGUUAAAGGGAUAAAAGGGCCCAGUCCGAAAAAAAAUAAAAUCUUGAA